AUGCACGCAACAGAGUGCUUCGGAUCCCCGCAAUUUAUAAAUUUUCUUCUUCCUCCCGCUCCCUUUUUCGUCUUUGCAGAGCGCAAGGAUAAUCGCAAGAUGCCGCCCCGUAAGGCUAAGAAGUCCACCAGCAAGAAAUCCAACACUGCUGCCGUGGAGGUGGCGCGUGUAGCGAAGAAGGAAGCAGAAGUUGCGGCGUUGGUGCAGUGGCUUGAACAGAACGAUCCUCUGUAUGACCGCUCUGGGGCCCCGCCCAUCACCAUCAGUGAGUUGCUCUCGACGAAGCUUGCGCACAAGACGUUUUCAGUAGCGGGAAAGGGAGAACAGCCGUACAACUGGGAAAAGUUCCGCGCCAUCUUAGAGGCGAGAACGUCUGACAGUCCACGUUGGUUCAUGCAACUGCGUGAGGAGGAUCUCUUGAUCGACGGCGGUUUCGACGGUGUGACGGUGGAUUGCGUUGUUGUUGCCGAGGCCAGCGUACCGACCCUUGCCCCGGCCCACUACAUUGUAAAGAUGCAUAUGCCUUUCAGUGACUUGGAGGAUAAUGCCCCAGAACGCAUUUUACCCAUCGAAGGACAAGGCAUGUGCUGGCGUCGCGUGGUGCGUGAUAACGGAUGCAACAUUAACGCCUACUUGCUACAAAAACGAGAAACAACAAGUGGCGCAACCCCUGUUUUUGGUUUUGGGGCAGCGGCCACCUCCACACCCUCCACGGCACCGGCGAAUAGCACAUCUGUGGCCAAUUCUCCCAUUGGAUUCAGCUUUGCUGCUGUGCCCUCGACAAGCAGCGCUGGGCCAUCUAGCUUUGGCUUUGGAGCUGUUGCUGCUGCAACGACUACAUCAGCUCCGACGAACAAUGCAUCAACUGCGACACCCGCCAGCAAUUUCCAGUUUGCUUUUGGCGCCGCGCCACCGGCAAACGCCAGUGCCAACAACUUCCGUUUUGGGGCCUCAUCAAAUGGAACUGCAUCUGUGCCAGCCCCGGCCGCUACCGCUGCCGAUGCCCCAGUAAGCGGUUUUGUUUCACAGUCGUCUCCAGAAGUGGCCCCACUCAAGGCGAGCGAGGUGCUGUUUGCACUGUGGUCAAAGAAACGUUUGUCUGACAUGGCCAAGUCUUUUAAGUCAGGCAGCCGCAUUCUGAGAGAGAAUUUUAAACCUGGCCCAAAGGCCUUCACUGUAAAACUUGUGAUGCAGAACGACCUCAAGGACGAUGUUUGCAAGACUGUGAGGGAGCUAAUCCUUAACAAAAUGUUUGCCAAACGCAGCAAACAGAUUUUGGAGGUUGACCAUUGGAUUGGCAACUGCCCCGUGUACGAUGAACAUUUGACUGCUGCCUUGCAAAAGUUCCGCGCCCACCACGUGCAAAGAGUCGCCGAAAGCUCCGAGGAGUUUCAGGCUUUAUACGACGAAUGCCACGAAGCGAUGGAGGCGGAGUUAAAUCGCAUUGUGGAACUGCGCAAGGUGCUGGUGCAGCAGGAGUUGGAGCGCAUCGAGGAGAUCACGAGCCAGCUGAAGGAGGGAAAGUUAGCGGAGAAGCAGACAUUCCGGCUCCUGAAAUAUUACGCUGCGAAUGAUGUCAUGCGUUUUCGGCCGUUUGGUAAAGUAAGCGGCAUCUCAGAGAUGGGGGAGAGCGCGGACGUGUGCGAGCCGCCGGCGCCGGUCCUCUUGAACCCCUUCACGGCCUCAGGAUCCGUCGCCCCCGCGUGA